AUGCUGGGCCCAGCCGAGAGCGGACUAUUGCGCCUUGUCGAUGAACUCCUCCUCAACAUCAUCGAUCACGUUGACGGCCAAGAAGCUCUUUGCAGUCUCGCUGCGACGUGCACGCGGUUCCAAGGCCUUGUCGAACCCUACAUUUGGCGCAAACUAGAGGUCUUGACGGGAGGACAUGCGCAAAAGAUUGCCACGGCACUGGACAGCCGAGAUAAUCGGAUAGACUAUAUCCAGGAUCUGGCUAUUCGCUACAAAGAUGAAUAUCGCGAGGGGAUUGAAGAUCUCAACCAUUAUCUGAGUUUGAUGGGUAGGCUGCGUCAUCUGCAUGUCGAGAGCCCUUGCCCGAACAACUUGGAAUGGCAAAACGGCAUCUACUUCGACGGAUACUCAAGGAUCGAUUACAACAACUUGCUUGCAGCAUCAGUGUAUCCACGCGCAGGCAUGCCGAUGACGUUACCGAUGCUACAGUCGUAUCUCCAAAUCUCCGAAUCAGAGAAGAAGACAACAUGCCUCCAGUCUCUGACGCUUAUCGAAUGCAACGUCAGUGUUCCAUUCCUAGACAAUGUCCUGAGCCUACCCAAAGCUCUCAAGGAGUUGUCGAUAGGAGAGCGGUUGCACGUCUUCCAGGAAUGCCAACCAUCCAUGGAUCCUGAACAACGCACAUCCUCAUCUCGAUUCCUAGUCGCGCUGCAGAAACAAGCACAUUCAUUACAGCGCUUGACACAUUGUGGUGGCCACGUUGGCUAUCUGACCUCGCGCGAUACCGACCCCGAAGGUGCCGAGAAGCUUCGCUCUCUCGUCGAGCUAGAGUACCUCGAGCUAGGUUUUGAAUCGCACCUCUACUACUACCUACGACAAAGCGGCUUCCCGCCAUCCCUCAAGUCGCUAAAGAUGCUCGACUCCGCCAUCUCCAUCAACUCAGGCCACGACCUCCGCUCGCUAUCCGACAUCGCCUUCCGCUCCCUCACCUCGCUCGUAGACGUCUGUCUCCCAAGAACACUUGCAGACGACUUCAUACUGCACCUCAAGUUCUCAGACCACUCUUUCUUCCGCCUCUUCGAAAUCGUCGACGCGACAGAACAAGCUCAUCUCCUCAGUGCCCUCUUCUUCGACCGCGCGGCCACCUACAAGAUCGCUACCAUGCUAAAGUCUUACAGCACAAACGCCCACUUCAUUGUUUCGCGGGAAAUGUUUCCGUCGGGGAAGUCUUUCAUUCCGCCGUAUAUGGAAGGCGAGGAGCUGCCUGUCGAGGAGUUGAUGUAUACCAGCGACGACUUUUGGCGCUUCAACGGCAUCAACUACCGCAUUAUGGAUGAUGAGAAUUGGAGGGAUGAGCUUAAGAAAGGGAAGAAGCUGGGCACCGGGCUGGGAGUGUGCGAGUGGGAGAGAGAUGAGAGUGGGGAGUUGGUCAGUGCUGGAGAUGCGAAGGCGGAGUAA